AUGAAGACUUUGACCACAAGCUUUAUCCUCGGAAACCUGCUGCUGGCCUUCUGUCUGCCUUUAGUGGCGACUUCACCGAAAACACUGGCCAUCCCGGAGAAGCUGCAGAAAGCUGUGGGGAGAGUUACUGUCAAUGCCACAACCUGCACUGUCACCUGUGGCCUUGGUUACAAGGAGGAGACGGUUUGUGAGGUGGGCCCCGACGGGGUGAGAAGGAGGUGCAAAUCGCAGCGCUUGGAAUGUCUGACCAACUGGAUCUGCGGGAUGCUCCACUUCACCGUUUUCACAGGGAAGGAGUUUGAGCUGAGCUGCCUGAGCUCAGACAUCCUGGAGAUCGGGCAGGAGGCGUUCUGGUUCUCCUGGAGGCUUGCUCGGGGUGUCAUCUCCACUGAUGACGAGCUCUUCAAGCCCUUACGAGCCCGUGCCCACUUUGUGAAGUUUACAUCUGCUCAGGAGUAUGACUCGGGGACCUACCGCUGUGACGUGCAGCUGUUAAAAAACUUCAGACUCGUCAAGAGGCUCUAUUUUGGGCUGCGGGUCCUUCCUCCUAACUUGGUGAACCUGGAUUUUCAUCAGUCCCUUACUGAGGAUCAGAGGUUAAUAAGUGAGGGCCUGGAAGUGAAUCUAGAUAGCUAUGUCAACCCUCACCGUCCACCAUGGAAAAAGAAGGUGGCUGUAGCCUUGGGCAUAGGAGUCGCGAGUGGAGUGAUCGGCUGUGUGUUGGUGGGUGUUGUCUUGUACAGUGGGCUGAGGGUGAUCUACAGCAGAGCCAGCCUUUAG